AUGACGGGCUGUUCAGUUCUAAACAACCAGUCUUACAAGAGAAAAGAGACGGCAACAAGUAAUAUCGGUGGCUCUAUGGGAACCCAGAUAACUGCACUUGUUGUAGAUGAUGAUAGAAUCACCCAAACCAUUCAUUGUAAGCUCUUGAAUAAGUUGGGAAUCGAAAAUCAGGUUGCUACCAACGGAAAGGAAGUUGUUGACCUCCAUUGUUCGGGAAAAAGGUUUGACCUCAUUGUGAUGGACAGAGACAUGCCUAUCAUGAAUGGCAUUGAGGCAACAAGGAAACUCUGCAUCAUGGGCAUAAGUAGCAUGAUUAUAGGCAUGUCAUCACGUUCUCUGGAACAAGAAACAAAGGACUUUGUGGAAGCUGGCCUAGAUGAUUAUCAGGAGAAGCCUUUGACAAGUGCUAAGGUCAUCUCAAUCCUCCAUAAGCACUAUGCGCAUCGAUGGCGAUGGCCUCCACUCAUAUUCGAGUCACCAAAGGCGAUAAAACUCUUGUUUGUGGAGAAAGGAAAGCAUCUAACAUCUUCAUUCCGACGGACUUUAUCGCAUGCCUUUCAAGAUAUGAAACUUCUUAUAACCUCGAUACCUACGAAGCUACGGCAACAAUCAUCGAAAGAAAACCCGAAAGAUAGCACUGGGAACAUUGGAGGAGGUGGCGAUGCGUAUUGGAAUCCGAGGUUUGGUGGAAGGACUAAGUCUUCUUCCGGGGGUGGUGGACGAAGAGCACGAGGAGGAGGAGAUACGGUUGUUGAUGGUGGUGGAGAGAAAACCGGAGGUGGAGGUGAUCCGACCGGUCGUGGUGGUGGUGGUGGAGAGUGA